AUGAGCGUCCGUGUCGUCGCGCGAAUUCGCCCGUUGCUCAAGCAGGAGCUCGACAAGGAUACCAUUGUCACAGCAGAGACGAUUGAAGGCGACACGACUCCUGCAGUUGUACGGAUACCAAGCCCAAAGAAUGAUGCCGAGUCUUUCAGCUUCCAGUUCAGCUCUGUUUACGAGCAGGAUGCAACGCAGCAACAACUUUUCGAUGCCGAAAUCUCGCCGACAGUAAAGCAGCUCUUCAAUGGCCUCGAUCUUUCCAUCUUCGCGCACGGCUGCACCGGUACUGGAAAGACGCAUACAAUGCGAGGAGGGAAAACACUGGCAGAUCGAGGUGUCAUCCCGAGGUUAUUGAGCUCGAUAUACCGAAGAUGUAAGAAGAUUGAAAAGGACACGGGCGGUGCGACGCAAGUUGAUGUCGCCUUGGAAUACUUCGAAAUCUAUUGCGACAGGGUCUACGAUCUGUUCGAACCACCAGAAAAGCGCACACCAUCUGGCCUGCCUAUUCGGGACAACCAUGGCAAGACCGUGGUUGUUGGUUUGACCGAAAAGCCAUGUACGACUCUGAAAGAGUUCGAGCAACUCUACGAUCAAGCGAAUUUGAAUCGGUCAACAUCAGCUACUAAGCUCAAUGCGCACUCCUCGCGGUCCCAUGCCAUUCUUUGCGUAAAGAUUACUCAAACCAACGAGACCACCGUUCGCGUAAGCCGAGCUUCCUGUAUUGAUCUUGCAGGAUCAGAAGACAACCGCCGAACAGACAACAACAAGGAACGCCUGGUUGAAAGCUCUGCUAUCAACAAGUCGCUAUUUGUACUGGCACAAUGUGUGGAGGCUAUGAAUAAGAAGCAAAACCGAAUACCAUAUCGCGAAUCUAAAAUGACGAGAAUAUUGUCUCUGGGUCAAAACAAGGGCCUUACCGUCAUGAUCCUCAAUCUUGCACCAACUCGCGCAUACCACCUCGACACGCUUAGUUCGUUGAAUUUUGCGAGUCGGACCAAGAAGAUUGAGGUCGCUGAGGUCGAGAAUGAUCCCGUCUAUCGAUCAAUGGUCAAACCUUUGGCAGCAACUACCAGCAUCGGAGGUGCAACCAUUACACGACAACCGCUACGGCCUUUGACUUCAGCACUCAACGCGAACGUGCAAGAACCAGAGAAGCCGAAAAAGGGGGACAAGCCUGCUAAAGCCUUCUCUGUAUACUCAGAUACCCGCAAAUCUGCCAUUCGCACUUCUAAUCUUCCUUCACAGAAUCAAGGUGUUCGACGGAUGGAAGGUCACAAACGAGCGGCUGAACCCAGCAGUACAUUCGCAUCGCGGCCAGCAAAGACAUUCAGAACGGCAGACAAUGCCUCACGGGCACGCAAUGCCGAGCCUGCUAUGACGAAGGCAUCCAUCGAAGCGCUUAUAGCUCAGAGGGUUGACGAGAAGCUUGCAGAGAAGGCAUUGCAGGAUGCUGGGUCUGCUACUCCAGCGCUAUCGGUGGAACUACAGAAGCGACUUGACGACCUCGAACAUCGUAUCGAUGCAAAAGACGAGGAUGGAAAGUCACAAGGUCUCCAGUUCCUGCUGAUGGCGAAGCAACAUCACAUGCGCGGGGAAGACGUAAGCGCGCUAAGGAUGUAUCAGUUGGCUGAGCCAUUCUUUCCUGGCAAUACGAAGCUUCAGGCCAAAAUGAAGAGCCUCGAUGAUCGGAUACGAGCAAGGAAGGAUGAAGCUAAACACAUUCCUGCACCCGCCCCGUCGACCUCACUAUCCGCACCAAUCUCGAGCCUUAUGGCCCCUCUAAAGAAAGCAGCGAAGCCGAAGCUGGGCUACAAAGAUGAGCGAGAACACGAGGAUGAAUUCGCACCUCCGCCAGCAUCUGACCAUGAUGAGUCUUAUGCCUCGGACGACAGCUUCAAGUUCAGAUCUAAAGCCGCACGCAAACCGAAAAAGACCAGCAAAAAGCUUCCCAUCUUUCGAGAUUACGCCGACACAUCUCUAAAUCCGGGAGAGCAAACACCGCGGACAACGCAUCUCCUAAAGAUCAUCAACUCACGAGAUAUUAAUCAGAUCAAGGCUUUAAAAGGUGUUGGUGCAAAGAAGGCAGACAACAUUGUCAAUUGCUUAGUUGAGAUGAAUGAUGAAGAAGUCCAUGAUCUAGAGUCUUUAGCAAUGCUUAAGGGCGUAGGGGGGAAGACAGUAGACAAUAUGAGGAUGGGGAUUACGGUGAAUGUUGCUUAUGAAUUCUAA